UCUUCCUCCUCCUCUCUCUUCCGUCGUGCGUCAUAACCAGCCUUCCCAUACCAUCGCUACAUCCCCGCCCCUCUCUCUCCCUUCCUCUAGGGUUUUCGAUCGCCAACUCGCUAUGAGUUCUGCAGCAUCCACGAAGGGCGGCAGGGGCAAGCCCAAGUCAGCCAAGUCGGUUUCCAGAUCGCAGAAGGCCGGUCUUCAGUUCCCCGUCGGCCGAAUUGCCCGAUUCCUUAAGGCCGGGAAGUACGCCGAUCGUGUUGGCGCCGGUGCCCCUGUUUACCUCUCCGCCGUUCUUGAAUAUCUCGCUGCCGAGGUUCUUGAACUUGCGGGGAAUGCUGCAAGGGAUAACAAGAAGAAUCGGAUUGUUCCAAGGCAUAUACAGCUUGCCGUGAGGAACGACGAGGAGUUGAGUAAGCUUCUGGGGACGGUCACUAUUGCCAAUGGUGGUGUUUUACCGAACAUUCACCAGAAUCUGUUGCCUAAGAAGAUUGGCAAAGGGAAAGAUAUUGGAUCUGCGUCGCAAGAGUUCUAGGGCUUUUCCUGUGCCUGAAUGGUUCUCUACUGUGAAGUUUUUAAGGUGCCCGAUGGAUAGGCCCGGUUUUGUAUUGGUUGGUUUAUGGUGCCUUUUAUCUAUGUAAAUCCCAAUUUGGGUAUUAUCUCUCAUUAUAGAAGCAUAAUAUAAACUGUCUGGUUAUGGUUUGGUUCAGAUUAUAAAUAAAUUAUAUAACAUAUUCCUUCAGUUUAUUGAAA